AUGACCUCGGCCGCUGUCGCAGCUCAAUCACUCACCCCGGCCGCUGUUCAAGCUGCAUUUGAUCUUAUCCAACCUCAUGUGCACCGCACCCCGCUGCUGACCUGCAAAACGAUCAAUACCAUCGCCUCAGCACCGCAAUCCCCCGAGGCAUUGGUCGGAACAUCAUUUGAAGGCCAGACACCUGCAAAGCCACGAUUUAGAUUCUUUUUUAAGUGCGAGAACUUCCAGCGAAUCGGUGCCUUCAAAGCUCGAGGUGCUUUCCAUGCCUUGCUACGACUGCUGGAGGAACGUGGGGAAGAAGUGAAACGGCGCGGGGUGAUUACACACAGCUCAGGAAACCAUGCACAAGCCCUCGCACUCGCUGCCUCAACACUAGGCAUCCCCGCUUACAUCGUGAUGCCCCGCAUCAGCACACCAUCCAAGAUCGCAGGCACACAGUCUCAUGGCGCGGAGGUGAUCUUCAGCGGCUCAACAAGCGUAGAGCGCGAGGCCGUGGUAGCAGAGAUCCAAGCAAAAACUGAUGCCAUCCUUGUGCCGCCUUAUGAUGACUUCAACAUCAUCUGCGGACAGGGUACAACGGCUCUAGAGCUAGAAGCUCAACACGCCGAACAAACUGGCUCCCGAGUCUUGGAUGCAGUCAUCACUCCCAUUGGUGGAGGAGGUCUAAAUUCCGGUGUGGCGACGUGGUUUUCCGAUAAGCAGACGCGGGUAUUUGGCGCAGAGCCCAGUUUCGAAGGCGCGGAUGAUUGUCGGCGCGGACUACAAGCCAAGAAGCGUGUUGAGGCGGUUGGAACUCUCACUAUUGCAGAUGGUCUUCGCACUCCUGUUGGACUGAUCAAUUGGGAGGUUAUCUCCAAUGAUAAGAAGGUUGAGGGGGUGUUUGCUGUCACAGAAGAGCAGAUCAAGGCGGCUAUGCGGCUGGUUCUGGAGCGCAUGAAGGUUGUAGUUGAACCUAGUGCUGUUGUUGGACUGGCUGUUUGUCUCUUUGAUGAAGACUUCCGCCGCAGGGUUGAACAGGAGGGCGGAGAACGUGGUUGGGAUGUUGGGGUUGUGUUCAGCGGCGGUAACACGACUGUUGAGGCAAUUGCCAAGCUCUUUACGUAG